GCGCGCGUCGUGCGCACGUAGCACCAUGCUCAGCCGUUCCGGUUCCACCUGUCAUAAGCGUCUUCAUCCAACCAUCCCCUCCAUUCCCACACAUACAAACACCCCGAUGACUCCAAAAUCAAAACUGCCAGCCCCUCACCUCCUCCUCGCCAUGGCUGCUCCGUGUGCAGCAACCGCACACUGCACCAGCGAGCCGUCGACACCAUCGAACCUCAUCUGCAUUCGUGGUCGCUACGCCCUCCGACGCCAAGCUCUCCCUGCUCUGUUGCACGUUCAGCUGUGCCGAGGCUGCAUCUCUCCCCGCGCUGCGCGCUGCUCUCGCCGGCGUGGCCCCGGCCAGCAGCCGCUUCCCCGGCCGAGACUGGAUCCCUGCGUGUCGUUCUUCUCCCUGGCCACUGGUUCUCUGGAGGACAUGGUUGUUGGAGUGACUUAGCCGUCCAUCUUGCCACCGGGUUGGACAGUCGAGUGGGACCCUACCUCAGCUGAGGAGGAGCGUGAGGAGUGAUGGGAGAGGCUUCCCCAUCUCUCCAUUUAUCGUUAGUUUAUUUCUGUUGCAUUUCGAACAAUGAGUACUACUUUUGCUAAAACUCCGAUGAUGAUGUAAUAAAUUUAAUACUCCCUUAAUGUAUGGUUUUAUGUUUUAUUGUA